GUAUACUUUGUGGCUUGUUUCUCUUUGAUUCUGACGUAUUCGUGCAUUAAAUGGCGAUCAGCCAUUUAUCUCAGUUAGUUUUGUGUCCGGUAAAAGAACAAAAGUAAAAGCAACCGUAAAAAUGUAAAUUCCAUCUAAUUUUAACUCCAAUCCAGACUGCACGUGGGAAUGAUAUUUUUGACAGUAAAUAAGCAGUAGAGCUCAACGACACGUCUGCCAUCAUAGCGAUUUAAAUUUUGUUUCUUAUUUUUGUUCUAUUAAAAGGGCUAGUACUGAGUUAUUUUAACUGAAUCUCUUCAUUUCUGCAAGUUUAUUUUCAAGAAUUGCAUGUGUACACUUGGAAUCAUGACUCAACGGAUUACAAUUAAUUCUUACAAUCACUUGAUAAGGUUGACGUGUUAUCUUAGUAAAACUAAAUGUCAUAACGUAUGCAAUUUAUAUACAAACUUUUAGACACUUGUGUAAACAUCAAAUUUGGUGACAUUCUUACAGCUGAAGAUUGUGGACUGAAGAUUCGGAGCAUAACUAUUUUUUAUUCAUCAGAAUAUUCAUUUAAGUUAUUGGUUGAAUCAUUGGACUUUAAGUGGUUAAUUAGAUAAAGAAGCAGCACGAUGUCGGGAGGCGAAAGAAAAAAACGUGGUGGAGAUAAGGGUCACGGGUGGGAAGAAGCUGGUGCUGAAUUCUAUCAAGAACGUUAUCCUGCUGCUAUUGAAGCUGAUUUACAACAAGCACUUCAACGAGACCCUUCUCACAUUGCUACUUUACUUCCUAGCAAAAAAUCUCGUGUUGCUACAGCAAAACGAAUUAGAAAUGAGCCAAGAACGACAUUAAAACGACGAACAAGCACGCGAUCACGAGGUGCUAGCACAGCUCGAAGAAUGUCUACUAAUAUUCCAGACACAGCUGUAUCAAUGUUACCGGAUUUAUCGGAAAAUUUAUCGAAUGAAGAGAGAACUUGGGAGGAAAUAAUGCAGAUCAAAGCAAUGCCUGUGUGUAUGGCGCAAAAGAUACAAUUGAAAAGACAAUUACAGAGCGCCACAAAAUUACGAUUGCAAGGAUUUGAACAGUUUAAAUGGCAACGCAGAAAAGCCUGGCAAGAAUUCAGCAUACGAAUGAAAGAAACUUAUGCCAAGAUGGAACUUUGGAGUACCAGUCUGAAGAAAAUUGGAGGAAACUUUGGAAUGGGAAUAGUAGCUUAUUUUUUAUUCAUCAAAUGGCUAAUGUUCCUGAAUUUAUUCCUCUUCAUGUUUCUAUUUUCAUUAAUCAUUUUACCGUCGGUGAUGUUAGUCAACCAACCAGAACCGUGUGCCGGAAAUGAGACUUUUAGCGUUUCAUGUUGCUCAGAAAUUUAUUGGAAUUCAUCAGAAAUUACUAACAGUAUAUUUGGUAUAAUGGAGAUGAGAGGUUUUUUAGAACGUACAUUGUUAUUUUACGGAGCUUAUUCUAAUGAAAUUUACGGAACUGAUGGUGAAGGAACGUACUACAAUUUACCUCUUGCCUAUAUUCUUACAACAAUUGCCUUCUUUCUUAUCAGUUUGGUGGCGAUUGUCAGAUCAGCAGCAAAAGGCUUCAAAGAACGUGUCGUGGAAGGUGAAGGACAGUUUUACCAAUACUGCAAUUUAAUUUUUGGAGGCUGGGACUUUUGUAUACAAAAUGAAAAAUCAGCAAGUAUUAAACACAAAGCAUUGUAUACUGAGAUCAAAGCUUUUCUCGAAGCAGAAAAGCUCGAAGAAGAACGUCAGAACCGUACCCGAGAAGAGAGGAUCAAAUUGUUUUUUAUCCGACUUUUUAUAAAUGUAUUAGUUAUAUUAGUUUUAAGUUCAUGUGGAGUUUUUAUAUACUAUAUAAUUGACAUCUCAUUUGACAAAGUCAACACUGCCGUGAUCGUACAAUCGUCGGAUUCGAGUUACAUAUCUUUUGAAAAAAUAACUCAACUAUUCUAUGAAUUUCUGCCGUAUAUUUGUAUUGUAGGUCUCAAUGUAAUCGUUCCCUUUAUAUUCCGAUAUCUCGUAGCAUGUGAACACUAUAGUCCAUUAUUUGUAGUACGUUUGACCCUUUUGAGAAUUGUCUUUUUAAGACUAGCAUCAUUGGGAGUGCUACUUUCAAGUUUAUAUCAAAUCAUCGUAGAUAAAGUACAUGAUGAUAAAUGUACAAAUCAACCUCACUGGCUAUUAUGCUGGGAGACAUUUGUUGGCCAACAAUUUUUUAAAUUAUAUAUAACUGACUUUUUGACUCAGUUUUUUGUGACUUUCUUCAUUAACUUCCCUCGUUCACUUAUUGCUCGUCAUAGUGAGAAUAAAUUUUUACGAUUUAUUGGUGAACAAGAGUUUGACUUACCUCGACAUAUUUUGGACAUUGUUUAUUCACAAACAAUUUGUUGGCUUGGAACCUUUUUUGUACCAUUCUUGCCAUUAAUAUCAGCUGUUGGCUGUUUCUUCUUAUUUUAUAUUAAAAAAUUCGCUUGCCUAGUCAAUAGCACACCUUCAAGCCAUGUUUACCGAGCAAGUCGUUCUAAUUCUUUAUUUAUGUUUAUCUUAUUAAUAUCUUUUAUUUUAGCUGUGAUCCCUGUAGGCUAUACUAUUGCAGAAAUUCAACCUUCAAAGUCUUGUGGACCAUUUAGAGGCCUCGAUACUGUAUGGACUCUUAUUAUUGAGACAUUUUCUAAAUUUCCAACAUGGAUUCAAACCGCACUAUUUUUCUGUGGUACUGCUGGUUUUGGAAUUCCUGCAUUUAUUAUGCUGUCAUUAUUGAUAUACUACUAUUACGCAGUUGCUAUUGCCAAUAAACAAAUGGUCGUGGUAUUAAAGAAUCAAUUAGUAUUAGAAGGACAUGAUAAACAAUUUUUACUCAAUCGUCUGAGUGCUUUUAUUAAACAACAACAAGAGCAAUCUAAGUAUCAUCAAGACCCAUCCUUAGAACUCAGUAAUUUUUCAUAAUUUCUUUGAUGGAAUUUUCAAGAUAUUUCGAUGUAUUUUAAUUAUUUAUUUAUUUAUUCAUGAUUUAUAUGAAUCAAAAAUUUUUUCACCAAGUUCUUUCAUCAAUUAGGUCAGAAUAUUUUUUAAAUGUCAUAGAUAAUUAACCGUCUAUGUUUUAUUAUUAAGUAGAAUUUUUUCUUUUAAUGACAGCUUUUAAAAAUAUUUAACAAGUAUUAAAGAAUAAUUAUAAAGUAGAUAUUAAACUUAUAAUAAUGACAUUAUGUGAUUUGAAAUUUGGAGAAAUCGGUAUCGUAAAACGAAGAAAACAUUUUCGAAUUUAAAUAGAUCGAAGAAAAAAAUAUUUUGACACUAGAUAUGUAGAAUUUACACAUUUCAUGUAAAUAUUUUUAUUUUUAUCUUAAUCAUGGCGUCUUCAGGUUUAAAUGAUAAAAAAGGUAUGAACAAUUAGAUCAAUAAUUUCUAGUCAAAAUUAUUAAUAUAUUAUAUCAUAAUUAUUACAUUAUGAUCAUAAAAAAUUACUUAUUGAAUAUUCAAAGAAAAUUUAUACUCCAUAUAUUGCUUGAACUGAUAUCCAAUAAUUAUUUAUAAUCGAGAAUUUAUUUAUAAAAAAAUUGUAUUUUCUUGAUACACACGUUAUUAACGCGCACUUCAAAAACUUUAUAAAAGACUUUAUUCUAUAGUAAGAUAACAGUGCAAGGUUUGAUAUACUAAUAUAAAUUGUUAAAUUGACAUUUAAUUGUUAAAAUUAUUUUUAUUUUUAAUCUAUUUUACUUUGUACUAUUUUUGAUCUCAUCUUGAAGUUGACAAUUUUAAUUUUUGCAAAAAAUACUUUUGUACAAAUUUUAUAAUCUUAUAUGGAUAAAAAGUGAACGACAAUUAGUUUAUAAUAAAUAUUAAUUCAUAAAAAUAAUAGUGAUAAAAAUUAUAAUUAGAAGAAUAACUUUGUAGAUAAAUAUUCAGGCCUAAUUUGAUUUACUGUAUGGCUGAAAUGAAGGUGCAAAAGUGGUUCGAUAGAUUUAACAGUAAAAUCGCUUAAGAUCUUUUAUAAAAUUCGGUUAAUAGUGUCUAAUGAUGAAAUAUAGCAUAGAGAUCUAUAUCUAGUAUUAAUAUGCGACAAAUGCCAUCCCAAAAUCCCUCAAAUUAUUGCAAAUAGAUUAAUUUUGCCAUGAGAGAAAAAGUAUGUAUCAGUAUUUACGAUAAAUAAAAUAUUAUCACUGUA